CCGCCCGCCCCGCCGGCCGCUCCCACUCCCACUCCAUCUCCCACUGCAAAGCCAAAGCAGGCGCACGCGCACGCGGCCCGCGCCCCUUUGUCUCGCCCGCCCCGCCCCGCCUCGCGCUGCGCUGCUCUCCACUCUUCCCUCCUCUUGUUCUUGCCAAAGGCUGCCGCCGCGUGGAUUGCUUGUUGGCCGCUGCUCUUCCUGCUUCUGUGUCUGUCGCCCACCGUUUCUCGCCGUCGUUCUGGGCGAGAGGAGGAGCGGAGCAGGAUGGGAGGGUCCGGGAAGUGGGUCAAGUCGCUCAUAGGGCUCAAGAAGCCCGACAAGGAAGACUGCUGCAAGGAAAAGCUGCAAUUCCCAUCAGUGCAUGGAGGACUGCGAGGCAAGGGCCGCAAGUGGAAGCUGUGGCGGACCUCCUCCGGCGACCAGGGCUCCAUCUGGCGCGGCUCCAGAGGCGGCAGCCAGCGCUCGGCGGCGUCGGAGGCCUCGGACGACGCGUCCUCGGUGGCCGCCCCCGCCGACCCGUUCACGGCCGCCGUCGCCACCGUCACCCGCGCCCCGGCGCGGGACUUCAUGGCCGUCCGCCAGGAGUGGGCCGCCAUCCGCAUCCAGACCGCGUUCCGCGGGUUCUUGGCUCGCCGUGCGCUGAGGGCGCUCAAGGGGCUGGUGCGGCUGCAGGCGAUCGUGCGCGGGCGGCAGGUGCGGAAGCAGGCGGCGGUGACGCUGCGCUGCAUGCAGGCGCUGGUGCGGGUGCAGGCGCGCAUCCGGGCGCGCCGCGUGCGCAUGUCCACCGAGGGCCAGGCCGUGCAGAAGCUGCUCGAGGCGCGCCGUACCCAGAUGGACAUCCUCAGGGAAGCAGAGGAAGGAUGGUGUGACAGUCAGGGGACACUUGAACAAGUGAGGGUGAAGCUGCAGAAGCGGCAGGAGGGCGCAAUCAAGCGCGAGCGAGCUAUUGCGUACGCAUAUUCACAGCAGGCUGAUGGUGCUGCCAAAUGCAAUCCACCGAAGCUUACUUCCAAUGGCCGGGUGAACCCCUCCGGUAUGCUGCUCAAGCACCAGAAUUUUGACAAGAGCAAUGUCAACUGGAGCUGGCUGGAGAGGUGGAUGGCAGCACGCCCAUGGGAGAAUAGAUUGAUGGAGGAGCACAACCAGACCAACUCCAGCUCCCCUGACUUCCGGUCCUCCAAGAACUGCGAGGAUUCUUUUGGUGUGCUCGGCGAUUUCUCUGAACCAAAUUCAGUGAAGGUGCGCAAGAACAAUGUCAGCAAACGGGUCUGUGCAAAACCACCUGGGCCAACACACGCCCAUGGACAUCAUCAGCGCCUCAAAGCCCAGUCGAUCUCGUCUCUGAGCACUGAACUGCACAACGAUGAGAGCUCUGCAUCAUCGUCGUCUUGUUUCGCAUCGACCCCUAUAUCAUUCUCCACAUUUGUGACUUCAGAGAAGACCGAGGACAAUGUCAGGACGAGACCCAACUACAUGAGCAUGACAGAGUCGAUCAAGGCGAAGCAGAAGGCAUGCAACGCCCAGAGAACGGUGGCGCUGAAGCAGUCAGAUGAUAGGAAAGUCAUGAGCGCUGAGUUGAUGGCCGCUCAGGUGUGAUAGUUCCAUGGACCUCCGUUCAGAGAUGAAGCCGACUUCCACAUCCUCUCUAUGCUAAGGAUGUUUGUUUGGUGUCUUGCCACAUUCUUGAGUGGCUCGGUGCUGCAUUGUUGAGUUGUCCUUGUGUUGCUGGUCUGAUUGUUCAACUUCUUGUUGUCAGAUUGCAUCUUUGUUCAGUCAUUGUGGCUGUAUCUUUGUUCAGUCAUUGUGGCUUUGUCAGUGGUAGAGUCUCUGUAAGAUAGUUCUUUGAGUAGACAACAUUGUGGAUUUCUUGCCUGGGUGUUUAUUUCAGGUGAAAAAAGAGGAUAAAUUACAAUGUCCUUCUUCCAAAGAUAGCUCUGAGUGAAAACAUUGUUGGUAA